AUGAGCGGUUACAGCCCGGACGAGAAGCUGCGGCUGCAGCAGCUCCGCGUCCUGCGGCGCCGUUGGCUGCGGGACCAGGAGCUGAGCGAGCGGGAGCCCGUCCUGCCGCGCCGGCAGCUGGGGCCGGUGGCCGCUUUCUGGGAGCGCUUCCUGCAGCCCGGGGGGCUCUGGCGGCAACAGGCGUUCAAGGUCUGUCAGACCGGCGGCUUCGUGCUGACGCGGGUGCUGGUCCCCUCCUGGAUCAUCCUCUACUGCCUGAAGUACCACGUCAUGAAAGCGCCGCAUGGUAUUGUUAUGUCAAAUCCACGGGUAUUCCCGGGGGACAGAAUUUUAGAGACGGGAGAAAUUAUUCCACCCCUGAAAGAAGAACACGGUGGGCACCACUGA